GCCCAGGGCCGUUUCCGGUUCCGGGCUUUCCCCUCCCCCACGUGGCGCCGUGCCCUGACCGAGCCCGGAGCUGCCGGGUGCGGCGAUGCGGCCCCUCACGCAGGAGGAGACCCGGGCCCUGUUCGAGAAGCUCGCGAAAUACAUCGGCGAGAACAUCCAGCUGCUGGUGGACCGGCCCGACGGCUCCUACUGUUUCCGCCUGCACAAGGACCGCGUUUACUACGUCAGUGAGAGAAUCUUGAAGGUGGCGACCAGUAUCCCUGGGGACAAGCUGGUGGCACUGGGCACCUGCUUUGGGAAGUUCACCAAGACCGCGAAGUUCCGGCUCCACGUCACUGCCCUGGAUUACCUUGCUCCCUAUGCCAAGUAUAAAGUGUGGGUGAAACCUGGCGCAGAACAGUCCUUCCUUUAUGGGAACCACGUGCUGAAAUCUGGCCUAGGCCGCAUCACCGAGAACACAGCUCAGUACCAGGGAGUGGUGGUGUAUUCCAUGGCUGAUGUUCCCCUGGGUUUUGGAGUAGCGGCGAAGUCUACCCAGGACUGUCGGAAAGUGGACCCCAUGGCGAUCGUAGUGUUUCAUCAGGCUGAUGUUGGGGAGUACGUGCGGCAUGAGGAGACACUUACUUAAAGGGCUGCCAGCUGCACAUGCCAAGAAUGGAGCAUGUUGUGAAAUCAGAAUUCACAGCAGCAGCGAGCAGCUCUACAGGCUGCUGUGGAGGAUUACAGACCAGUCUACCUGUGACUUAGUCAUACUCUUGUGAGCUCUGAGGAGUGCUUGUCCUAGCCUGAAGAGGAGACAAGGAUUAUAUAAAACUUGUUUUCUAUCUAAUAAAAACCAUGUUGGUGUGACCUC